GCCAGAUUUCGAAACAGCGCGCUGCAUUCUUCAUCGCAUCAUGUUCCGUUGCCUCCGCCCGGCUUCCUUGGACAUGGCGUUGAUUCCUCGGUGUCACUUGUCGACGUCCAAGAGCCUCGACCGCCUAAGGGCGCUGAGCAAUAAGAACUCAUCGAAGCGCUGGGUCAGGCUGGUCAGCGCAUCGACGACCGCAUGUGAAGACGAAGACUUCGGGUCCAUGAUGGGUGAAUUCAGCGAGUCGGAUGAUGACGAGGACCUCGAGCCCAGUUGGUGGGAUGAUGACGAGGACCUCGAGCCCAAUUGGUCGGAUGAUGACAAGGCCCUCGAGCCCGACGCGGCGGAUGAUGGCGAGGCCCUCGAGCCCGACGCGGCGGACCGCUGCGAUACCUCGCCGCUCGACAGCCUGCUGCGGAGGACACGGCGCUGCUCCGCCGCCUUGCGGGGGGCGACCGACCUCGCCCUGGGAGCCCGGCGCGGUGAACCGCCGCGGGCCCGGCUCGCCACUCGGGGAGAUGCUGCUGGCGGCGAAGCGCUGGAGCGCUUUCGCCUGCGGCUUCGGGCCUCCGCGUGAGACGCGCGCGGCAGACUCGCCCUUCUGCGGCGCGUGCAGCCGCGGGCACGUCGCGGGAGCACCCUUGCCCGAGGCGUCGGGCCUCUCGCCGUGAGCGCGCCCGCGUUCCUCGUGGACCACGCGGCACUUCGGGGUCCGCACCUGCUGAGUCUGUGGCAACUUGCGAGGGGCGAACUUGCCUCUCAGCAGUUCCCAGAUCGGAGGCUCUUCCUUCGUUGGAACGAAUAUGUGUUGUGGCAACCGCGCACGGGCAGCACUGACUUCUAAGGCCAGCCGAAAGGGCCACUGGCGAGACAUUUGGCGGCAGUCUGAACAGGUGGCAGCAUCAGCGUUUCCCAGCACCAUGCUGUCUGGUCGGCAGCCUUUGAAAUUCUAGACUUCUAGACGUUUCGCGUAACCCCACCAGCCUUUAGGCUUGCUUGACCCUUGUGACGGCGCGCGGCUUUCCCGCUUGCGCUCGCGAACAAGAACGCAACCCC